CCACAUUAUUCCGCAUUGUUUACCUUGCUGCGAAAACUUUUUAGCGCAAUUAUAAUAAUUGUAAUAAAUAAAACUAAACAAAUCUCAUAUUAAUAUGACUGCCGUUCCUCCGCCCUCUAACAUCUCUACAUUGAUGCCAUUGGAAUUGGUGGACAAAUGCAUUGGCUCCAGGAUCCAUAUUAUCAUGAAGAACGACAAGGAGAUGGUAGGCACUCUUCUAGGAUUCGAUGACUUUGUAAAUAUGUUGUUAGACGAUGUUACGGAGUAUGAAAAUACUCCAGAUGGGCGCCGCAUUACCAAACUGGAUCAGAUUCUUCUUAAUGGAAACAACAUUACAAUGUUGGUGCCUGGUGGCGAGCUGGCGGAGUAGCAAGGUUCCAUUUGUAAACAUAAAUACACUUUUAAAAUAACAAAA